AUGAACGUCGAACUCACCACGGACGCAGAAGUGGCUUGCGUUUCUAUGAAACCUAUGAAACGACCACCCUUCUGGCCCGAGAAGCCCGCCUUGUGGUUCGCCAAAGUAGAAUGCCAGUUCUACAUGAGUAGGAUAACUAAAGAUAAUACCAAAUUUACAUACAUAAUUUCACAUCUUGACGGGAAAUAUGCUGCGGAAGAAGAUAAAUAA